AUGGGUGAGUCAGAUGCGUUGAAACUUGAAAAUGCCAACAACUACAAUGCUAACCUGCCACUUGCAGCUGAUAGGGAAGAAACUGGUGUGGUGAGUGAGGCACUGAGGCUUAUGAGCGGCGACAGUGAUGGUAAUGGUGGCGAUGGUGGUAAUAACGGCAACGGUGGUGGUAGUAGUGGUAGUGAUAGUAGUGGCUGCGAUGAUGGUGGUGGUAAUGGUGUCGGCAUAGUGGUGAUGUUGCAGCGAUGGUGGUGGCAUGGUGGUGGUGGUGGUGGUGAUGGCAAUGACUGCGACGGUGGUGGUAAUAGCAGUGGCUGCGGCGAUAUAAUGGUGGUUAGUGACGAUGGCGGAAGUGGUGGUGGCAAUGGCGUUAGUGACGGUGGUGGAAGUGGUGGCAAUGGCGUGGUGAUGACGACGAUGGAAGUGGCGGUGGCGGCAAUGGUGGUGGUCAUGAUGGGUGGAAGUGGUGGCGAUGAUAUUGUGGUGGUGGUGGUUGUGAUAGUAGGGUGGUGUCGCCGUCGUCGUGGUGACGACGACAUUGGUGGUACAACGACGGCGGAUGGGUGGUGUCGUCGUAGUCGUCGUGGUGACGGCGACAUUGGUGGUACAACGACGGCGGAUGGUGGUGGUGGUUGUGUCGAGAUAAUGGUAGUGAAUAGUGAUGAUGACGAUAGUGAUAAAGAGUAA